GCCGACGUCAUCUAGGGUCACGUACAUUUAGCGGAAGUGAGCACGUGAGGCUGAGAGUAGACACGCACACUUCGGGAGAACACACGUAUUGAUCAGGUAACAUUUGAGCUAGUUGUGACGUCAUGGCGGUCAGAGCCUCCUUCGAGAAGAACAACGAGAUUGGCUGCUUCGCCAAGCUGACCAACACUUACUGCCUCGUCGCCAUCGGAGGAGCCGAGAACUUCUACAGUGUGUUUGAAGGCGAGUUGUCAGAGGUCAUCCCCGUGGUCCACGCAUCCAUCGCAGGAUGCCGCAUCAUCGGACGCAUGUGUGUGGGAAACCGCCACGGCCUUCUGGUUCCAAACAACACAACUGACCAGGAACUGCAGCACAUCCGAAAUUGUCUUCCCAGUUCUGUCAAGAUACAGCGAGUGGAAGAGAGGCUGUCGGCACUCGGGAACGUCAUUGCCUGCAACGACUACGUGGCCCUGGUCCAUCCCGACCUGGAUAGGGAGACGGAGGAGAUCCUGGCAGACACCUUGAAGGUGGAAGUGUUCCGUCAGACGAUAGUGGAUCAGGUUCUGGUGGGAUCCUACUGCGCCUUCAGCAACCAGGGGGGCUUGGUGCACCCAAAGACGUCCAUAGACGACCAGGAAGAGCUGUCUUCAUUGCUGCAAGUUCCCCUCGUGGCAGGCACGGUGAACCGGGGAAGCGAGGUCAUCGCUGGCGGGAUGGUGGUCAACGACUGGUGCGCCUUCUGCGGACUGGACACCACCAGCACCGAGCUGUCUGUCAUUGAGAGCGUCUUCAGACUGGGUGACGCUGCACAGCCCUCCGCCAUUGCCACCACCAUGAGGGACUCGCUGAUUGACAGCAUGGCAUAAGAUGUCGACGGACGCCGCCUCUUCAUCAUUUUGGGCCUUUGGAAACUUUUGUCAACGUUGCAUGUGCACAAACUCACCUCCAGAAGCAGGGACCGCAGACAAGCCAGAAAGCGAAAUGUUGGCAUGCCUGAAUGAGUUCAGGCGCUUCUGGAAUAUCGGGACACUGAAGAUUGGACAUGGUGAUGGUCUUUGUCUAUGUGGCGAACGCUUGAUUUCACAUUUCCAUUAAACUUUUUACAAAGA